UCCUUCCAAAAUCUUUGCAGGGCUUCUGUGUGCUGCCAGUGCUUGGAUGGUGAUUUCACUUGGAACACUAUGUUUGGACAGAGUGUCACACUGCAGCCUGUUCCUAUUCAGAGCCUCUCCGAACUGGAGCGAGCGAGACUUCAGGAAGUGGCUUUCUACCAUCUGCAAAGGAAAGAUCUGGGCUGUCAAAUUACCAUCCCCAAAGAUGGGCCAAAAAGGAAGAAAUCAUUUCGGCGAAAGAAGGAACCUUUUUCAAAAGAAAAAAAAGAUAAAGAAUUACAUCCUCUGGGAUUUGGAAUUCCUCUAUCACAGGUCAUCCUCAAUGACUGUGCACGAAAGAAGAAGCAAGAUGAGGUGAAGGAAGGCCGGAGAGACUGUCUAGACCUGGAGACAUCAGUUCUGAGAUUCCGGGCCAAGAAACAGCACAAGCAUCUGGAUGAUAGUAAUGUAUUUCUGCAGUCUGCAGCAGUGAAUGAACCCCUCUCCCCGACUUUUCUGGAUAAUAUUUCUAGAGGUCACAGACGGGGUGCUGUUUCUGUUGAUUCUAUCACCGAUCUGGAUGACAACCAGUCACGAUUGUUGGAAGCCCUACAGCUUUCUCUGCCAGUCGAACUAGAAAAGAAGAAAUUAACAAAGACCAAAAAGAAGCUCAGUCUGAACCCCAUCUAUCGGCAGGUCCCCAGAAUAGUGCAGCAAUGCUGCCAUCACAUUGAAAGCUAUGGUCUUCAGACAGUUGGUAUUUUCCGAGUUGGAAGUUCUAAAAAAAGAGUCCGACAGCUGCGAGAUGAAUUUGAUCAAGGUCUGGAAGUGAUCUUGGAUGAAGAACACAGUGUCCAUGAUGUAGCAGCUUUACUGAAGGAAUUCCUGCGGGAUAUGCCAGAUCCACUUCUUACCAGAGAACUCUACACAGCCUUUAUCAAUACCAUGUCAAUGAAUCAGAAGAAACAGUUCUCCACCCUCCAGCUGCUGAUUUAUCUGUUGCCCCCGUGUAACUGUGACACUCUGUUCCGAUUGCUUGAGUUGCUGUCAAAGGUUGCCAGCCAUGCCCAUGACUCUGUUGGUGAAGAUGGACAAGAGGUGACCGGAAACAAAAUGACAGUCCCCAAUCUGGCCACUAUCUUUGGCCCAAAUCUGCUGCACAGAGAGAAUGUUUCUGACAAAGACUACAGUAUGCAGGCAGUUGAAGUUGAGGAAAGCUCAGCUGUCAUUGGGGUGAUCCAAAAAAUGAUCGACAAUUACAAAAACCUGUUCCUAGUUGCUCCAGAUCUUCAGAAUGAAGUGUUAAUGAGCUUAAUGCAGACGGACAAGGAUGUUGUUCAUUAUCUUUUACGCAGGAAGCUUAAAUGCCAAUCGGGUUCAGAUCAAGGAAAUGAAGCAUUUGUGAUGGCAGAACAUCCUUCUGCAAAAUCUGCAUGUGACUCCUGCUCCCAAAGCAAUGAUGUCACACCAAUGAAUAUCUCACCCAGCUUCUGUGAAAGUCCCUCUCUGCAGGAUCAAAGGAAGAAAAGUUCGGAUUCUGAGUUGUAUAAAGUACCAGGAGCACUGGCAUUCAUUAGACAUGCACAUCCCGAUGAUGGAAAGGUCUUUUUUCCCCGAUUACUAAAAAAUCCCUGUGAAGAGUCUGGUGAGAACAGAACCUUCAAUCAACGAAGAGCAUCCCGUUCAUAUGAAAACCUUACAAUGCCAACUCAUUCACAACCAAUGGUAGCAGUUGUGAAGAAAGCAGAAAGCACAUCUUUAAUACCAACAAACAAGUCUCCACAGAUAUCAUCUGUUACCGACUGCCAGCUCGAGCACCACAACAAUUAUAAGUUCUCAAGUCUUAACUGCAUGCGAUUAUUUACGAGCAGCACUGAGGAGCUGAGGAACUCAAAAGGUUCAGCUCGGCUAAGAAGAGUAAGUUCAGAACUUUCUCCAAAACAUAAAAAUCUCAUGAUGCAAUCAUGUGCUGCUAAAAUGGACAGGGACUUGAAGGACUUCAGUGAAGCAGCCAGUUCAUCUGACAACGAGUAUUUGAAGAAAAAGCAAAUGAUUGAAUCUAGCUUCAUUCCCCGGGUAUCUGAAAGGAGUGCAGCACUACAAAAUGAGGCAUGUAGAGGGGGAAUAGAAGCUAAAGUGUGGGUAAAAAGGGACAAUGGGGAUGACUCCCUAAACAAAGGAUUGAGACAGCAACAACUGCAACAUCAUAACUUCAGAAGUGAUCAGAAACAGAAUUCCCUUCGUGAAACUGCUGUAUAG